UGAAAGUAGCUGUACUGAUGUUAAGGGGAUCAAGAUGACAGCGAGAGAUUUUCCUGAGAUGGAGGAAUACAGAUGUAAAGUUCAACUAUAUCUACGGCAGUAAUAAAUAUGUCAGAGAGGAGUUUUGUGAUUUUGUAUACAAAUCAAAAAACAAAGAAAGCCAAGACAUGGCAUGAUGGCACUCUCAGAUUUUCUGGCAAUGGAACAAGGGGUGUACUUUAUGAUGACAAGAAUUGCCGAAUAGACACAAUUCAUGUGCGAUCAGAGGACAUCUUGCUUGGUGAGCAACUAGAGAGUGAUCGACACUACAUCUUGAUAGAGGAGGAGUCUAAAUCUGGUGCAACCAGUCAGAAUGAUACUCCUAGAGAUCAACCAGCUGUUGGACCAAUCAGAUCAGGGGGAAAUAAAUCAAAGAUCAGGACAGGUCUCAAGAAGGGUCGUGGAGGUUUUGUUCCUCCAAGACUUAUUGCAGCGAAAGAUCCAGAACCUCCAAAACAACAGAUAGCUAAUGUAAACUGUGGAGAAAUGGAGGGUCAGAGUCCGGUCAGAAAAUCUCAUCAUUUUGCAUCAUUUCAAAGAAGAUAUAACAUUUUAAAUCAAGUUAGCCCCAGAAGAACUUUGUCAGAGUUAAAUAACUCAGAGAUGUCAGGAACAGAUCCACUGUUCCUUAACAGUAGAGCCCAAAACUCUCCAGAUAGAGGGAGUUACAGAGAGAAUUCCUCACCUUUGAUUGGUCUGAUGAACAGAAGGUCCCUGACAACAUCUCCUUGGAGCACAAUUGGAUCUAGCCAAUCCCCAGGCAGCUCCAAAUUAGAUUCUCAGCAAGAUACAGACAUUCAAGAACUAGGCCCAAAACCCUUCACUCAUUUUAUCAGAGAGCAGAUUGUUGAAAACACUUGUGGCUUACAGCACACAAUGCAAGAAAACUCCUUUACUUCACAUCAGAAGAGAAGUACUACACAAAUAUUAGCUCUUUUAUCCAAGACUUCUAGCAAAACUCUGAUCACAGAAGGCAACUCAUGUAAUACAAAUUUACCAAUAACAAAACCCUCCCCCCAAAAUAGACUUUCCAGUACUAAUGAACUGAAAUGUUCAUUUGAUAAAAUGAGUCCUUUGGUUCAGCCAGUGGAUGGUGAGAAAGAGGGACAAAUGUUACAGUGGAACCAACAACAAGGUGAAGUUCCUGCCACUCCAGGCAUCCCUAACCUUAGCAAUGACUGUGAUCAAUCCCAUUUAUUAUCUUUUUCUUCACAAAGGUCUUUUCACAACAGUGGGUCAUUCAUUGCUGAUUCUAAAAACCAACCAGAUGACAGUCAUUAUGACCUGAUAUCAACACCAAGCAUGGUGACUUGUAUGGAGUCUGAGAGAACCAAGUCACUGUGUGAGAGUCCCGACUAUCAAUCAGAUGGUAGAGUGGAGGUAGAACCUCAACACAUUAUAAGGAGUGAACCUGAACAAAUUAUAGGUGAUCCUCAGCAAGUAGUACAGAGUGAACAGCAAGUAGUGCAGAGUGAACCUAAGCAAGUAGUGCAGAGUGAAGCUCAGCAAGCAGUGCAGAGUGAAGCUCAGCAUACUGUGGUAAUGAAACCUGAACACAAUGUAAAGGAUGAAUCACAUCUUAGAGUGCACAAUGAACCUCAACAUAAUGUAAUAAGUGAACCUCAAUUCAGUGCAGUAAGAGAACACCCAGACAAUGUUACAAGCAACAUUGUUGAUGAAAAAGAUUCUGCUAUCUCAGUGCAUGAAGUUAAUAAUCAGUCAGAAUUGACAGAUGUUGAAUUAAUUCAGAAAGAUGUGAAUCUUUCCAAGGAAGAAAGUUCUAAGCAGUGUCUUAACAUAAGGAUGGAGAGUGGGGAUUAUUUAGAGGAGGAGGGGGAAGAAGAUGAGAUGGAUUGUCAAGGAGGGGCCUCGUUUGCCAUAUCUUUCUCCCCCUUGUCGGUGAUACCAUCAGACUACGACAGUGAUUGUGAGGAACCACCAGGUAGUGGAGAAAACAUCCAGCAGCAGGAAGAACAAGAACAGAGUGUCAAGUCUGCAGAGGUAUCAGACUCACUGUCUUCAGAAACAGAAGUGAAAAUAAUGGUUAAUGGAAAAGCUUUGGAUGAAACAGAAGUGAAUAAGGGUGAUAAUUUAGUACUGCAGGAAGAUAAUCAAGAUGUGGAAAUAGCAGAGGAAAGAAACACAUGUACCAGUCAUAGAGAUGUCAAAGACCCUAACAGUCUUAAAGAGAAGGAGAGCACCAUUUGUAAAACUGGGGAUGGAGUCAAUCAUUGUCUGGAUUCAAGUCAAACACCCUGCAUAACUGUAAAUGAAUACAGAGAAAAACAUGUAAAGAAGGAGGAGGCAAAGCAGAGUGGGAUGUCCCAGAAGAGAGUAGCUGGCCAAACAGAUUCAGAGGGGUUUUCUCAAAAGUCUCUAGGAUAUCUAGAAUUGAGCCCAGAUUCACCAGGAUAUUUUUUCAAAAGUUCUCAAACAAAUUCUUCUUGGAUAUCACAAAAUGCCCAUUUGAUAAUGAAUUCAUCAGAUGUGCAAGUAGGAAAUGUUAAAUUGCCUGUGUUUGAAACCAGCUGGUCUGAAGAUGAAUCAAUGUUUGAUACAUCUCCUUUGAGACUGAAUAGACAUCAACAACAAGAAUACAAAGCUGAUUCUGAGUCAUGUUUGAAUUCUCUGAAAUGUUCUGAAAAAUGUGAUUCAGGGGACAAUACUCUGACAGAGGACAAAUCGCAUAUAGUAGAAUGUAUUAGUAAUGAACAUGUUGAAGAGAAAAAUGUAUUUAUAAAUCCACAUUUCCGUCGCUAUGAUCAAUUCAGAUCAAAUCAAGAGUCUGACCAGCGAUGGAUCAAUGAGAAGAUGGACUCCUGCAGUGUCACAUCAAUGUUGUCAUCUUUAGUGGAUAGUACAGAAAUGAACUGUGUGCCAAAGACAGAACCAUGUCACUCUCUCAAGGGUCUCCCUCACCCAUCAGAACUCAUCAGAAGUCCUCAGAAAAUGGAAGAGAAGGAUCUCUCCAAGAAGAUUUCUGAGAGGAUGGAUUCAUACAGAAUGAGAGGCAGUGUCAUUGGCAUGACUGCUAAGCGACACAGAAUUCCAACAUUACAACAGACUGGGUUUAAUUCUAAGACUGGACCAAAUAUCAUCCUCAGUCAAGUAAGACGUGGCCCCAAAGGUGGGAAAACAGACUUCAAAAUUCAGUCAGAAGAAACUGUCCAUGGAGAUUGGAUAGACAAGUUACAAGCUGAACAGAGAAAUACUGAGGCAAGAAUUUAG